AAUAGGGAAGGAGCAGGCGUGACCGUCAUGGGCAGAGAUGUCGGCAUGGUUAUUAUAUGAAUUGGGACGGAGUAGGAACCUGGGCCUGAUACAGAAAUAGGAUGGGUGAAGAGGCACAUUUCUACGGCAAUGCCGAGGUGUACUGGCGGGACGUUGCCCCCACAGUGGACGGCAUGCUGGGAGGCUACGGAAGCAUCUCCAACAUCGACCUCAAUGGAUCGAAGGCCUUCCUGAAGAAAUUAAUUGGUGAAGGCGAGGGCAAGACGGGGACGAUGUGCGCGCUGGACUGCGGCGCGGGCAUCGGCCGCAUCACCAAGCGCCUCCUGCUGCCCCUCUUCCAGACCGUGGACCUGGUGGACGUCACCCAGGAGUUCCUGGACCAGGCCAGGACCUACCUGGGCGAGGAGAGUAAGCGGGUGGGCCACUACUUCUGCACGGGCCUGCAGGACUUUGUGCCCGAGCCGGGCCGCUACGACGUCAUCUGGAUCCAGUGGGUGAUCGGUCACCUGACGGACGAGCACCUGGUGAAGUUCCUGGAGCGCUGCCAGGGCGCCCUGCGGCCCGGCGGCAUCGUGGUCAUCAAGGACAACGUGGCCUACGAGGGCGUGGUCCCCGACGACGUGGACAGCAGCGUGUGCCGGGACCUGCAGAUCGUGUGCAGCCUCGUGGCCAAGGCGGGUCUGCGCAUCGUCCACCAGGAGCAGCAGAUGGACUUUCCCAAGGAGAUCUACCAAGUGCACACACUGGCCCUCAGAUAGGGGAGGGGGGACGCGCAUGUUGUUUCUGAUUCCGUGCCAACUUUAUUUUAUAUGUGGAAAGUCAAGAGUUCAUGCAACACACCGCUCCUUGGUUUCAGUUCGAUGGUUUGACGUUUCUUUUUUAGUUUUGGUUCGAAUGAGACGGCGUCAAUACACCCAUGUCGGUGUUUUAUUAGUCAUUUUUGAUGAGCUGCUGCAAUAAGUGCGUGACUUUGUCGCAAAUUUAUUAUGAAGAAUAACCUGCUGAACCAAAAUUGGACCUUUACCAGCUUGGCAUUGUAUAAUGAGGUGUUCCUGGUGGUGAAAAUCCCAAAGUGUGUCAAGAGCAAGUGGGGUUCAUGCAGACUGAACCUUGUGUGAUCCUGCAACAAGCAGUUUUGGACUAAAUAGAAUACCAAGGGUACCCUUGUUGAUUUGAAUGUCGCUUUUUUAUUUGUAGGUUUUGGGUCUGCAUUCAGGGGGAUAAUGUUCCUAAAACCUUGAGUUCAAAUACAAUGAAACAUCUUAUCUAUUUCACAGCAAUACACAUUUGAAAGAGUAAACAUGGCAAAUAAUUUAAUUAUAUAAGGCUUGUUGUACAGAGAUUUUGUAUCUGGUCAAUUUGUAUGCAAGUGUUCAUGUGUCCGUAAUGUGCUUCCUCAGAUUUGGAUAUUAAAUUCCUAGAAAAUAAUUAUUGGGUACUGUAGUUGACUGACAUCCAACCAGGACUGGAUUCAACUAGGAAGCUCGUGAGCAUUCAUACAAAAGUACACAAGGAAUCCAGUUAUAUAGUGGGAAGAGAAACAAUCUCUAGCUGACAAUUAUUAAUUGAUUCAAGUGCAAUUUAAGUACUUAAAUUGUGCUUGGCUAGCUAGUGUAUGCUAUGUCUUCAUAAUGAGUGUAAGGUGUUGAUAACAUACAAAGAAAAUGCAUUAGAAAAUCGAACACCUUCUCAAACUUCAACAUUUGUAUCUUAAAAUGAUGCAUAUAUUCAUUUGUACAAUGAAAAAAAUGAAAAAUUGAGCACUUCAAAAUCAAUAGCCUUUAAACCAAGAUUGCAUAAGAAUGUUGUCGACAAUGUAAUGGGGUCCACCUUGUUAGUUUGCAACUUAAAAUCAAUCAGCAUUUUAGUUGAUUGCAUUUGGACUGUGGGCGUGUGUGUGUGCGAGAGAUCUAAAAGGCCAUUUCAGAAUCUGUUCUCAUGAAGGGGAAUCUAAAUGGACAACAUCCACCCCCACAACGUCACGAGCAGCGAGGGAAACUGGCUAAAAGGCUGUUGUGUGCAACUCUUAUAUGACACCACAAGCCUGGUGUUUCAAAGUGUCUGUGUAGCAGCAGGAUGUACUGGCGGCGGUGGUCGAUGCCGCUGUAUACCGAGGCGGAGCUGUUAGGACCACGUCUCGCUCUGGAACCGCCCGGCCUUCUCCAUGGCAACCAACAUCUGAUCCGACUCCUCCGAUGACAGCUCCCCUUGGAGCUGAAAGGUUGCCUUCAGUGCAUCGCACACACUGGCGGGCAUGUCUUUGGCAUUGCUAGAUGACAAAAGAAAUAUGUUUACUUUACAUUAAAAGGGACGUACUGGGUUAGAUAAUAGUGCUAUUACAAUAAAUCGAUGGAGCUGAUGUAUUUGUCUAAAGCGACUUACAAUAGGUGAAAUCAGUGAAGAUGUAACCCAAAAAGUAUCAAUCAUCGAUUGAUCCAGGUCAAAAUCGUUACUUAAAUGCCCACAAAAAUGUUAUGAUAUUUUCCGGUUUAAGACAUGCGAAAUCGUUAUCCUCGCAUAAUUCCCAGAAUUUCAAACAAUAAUUAAAAUUGAAUGGAAAUUCUGACAUACAAUAAAAACAUUUAUAAAGGAAACAUUUUUUGGCACGUGGUUUUGUUUUACUCACCCUGCAAUAUAAAAGUAGGCGUUCCUAUUAGCAAUCAGGUCCCAGAGAAGUUUAGACUGCUCCUGCACACGAUGCUGCACAUAUAUCUUGUCCUCCUACACGAAGAAGAGCAAUAAGGGUGAAAUCCUGAAGGUUCAACAAACAAGGCACUCAAAACAUGAUC